GACAUUUAGAAUCAAAAUAAGCAAUGAGUAUCUGCGUAAAAAAUUUAGGUCUAAUUGAGAAGCAAUUGUUCAAAAGUUUUCAAUUUCGAGCUGUUGCCUACUACUCACGCCGAAACAACUCCAAAAGCAGCGAAUCGCCAUACAAAUAUGUCCGCCGUUCCAAAGACUUGGGCGUAGAAGAGUCGCACGAACAUGUCGAGGGUGGCGCCAACUGGGAACUUCUCGCACCCAAGAGCAACAGAUUUUACCUGCCAAAUCUCUGUGGACCCGCAUACCAGUCAAAUGCAUCCAUAAUUCCUGCACCGAGAGACUGCCUCGCAGAAUUGGUGGAUUUCACCAAUAAAGACCCCAAAAAGCUGCACAUUAGUUCGACGACGUGUCCGGUUUUGCUGAAAAAAUCUCUCGUCGAGCUAUUUCCAGCGCCAGAAGUCGUGGGACCUGAACCUUUAACUUUGAUUUCGCUGAAAUCGACACAAGAUACGGAAACGGCAGCGAGAAAUUUCGUACUUGCUGCCAGGGAAAUUUGUUCGCGCAUUCGGAUGAACGGAUAUUGGGCGGAUUUCAUGAAUUGCUUCAGCGGGAAACCCUUUUAUUCGUACUCAAACGGGAAAUUAUUCAAGGUCGAUGAGCGUUUUCGCGGAUUAGGCAUGAAAUUCGACAAUUUGCAUGGAUGUGUGGUGAUAACGGGCAACAAAUCUGCCGACUUGGAUGAGAAUCCCGAGGAAUUUCGGGGCGUAAUUGUGUCGAAUAUCUUCCCAGACAUUACGCAAAUUCGCGGACUGAUCGACGACGACUAA